CUGGCUCCCGGCGUGCCCCGCGCUCGGCUCACACAAAGGCGCAGCGCUGGGAAAUGGCGACCACGGCGGCGGCGGUGGCGGCGGCCGCGGAGAAUGCCGGCCUCAAGAUGGACGAACCGGCAGCGGCUCCGGUGGCGGCGGCGGCGGUAGUGGUGGUUCCGCCACCGCCUAACGGGGCUGGCGUGCCCGGGGAUCAGCCUCCCAAGAGCGACGGAGAGCGACCGAGCCAGAACGAGAAGAGGAAAGAGAAGAGCGUCAAGAGAGGAGGCAAUCGCUUCGAGCCCUAUGCCAACCCUGCCAAGAGAUACAGAGCCUUUAUCACAAACAUCCCCUUCGAUGUCAAGUGGCAGUCUCUGAAAGACCUGGUCAAAGAGAAAGUUGGUGAGGUAACAUACGUGGAGCUCUUAAUGGACGCUGAAGGAAAGUCAAGGGUAAGUGUCUUGAGAGAUAUUUCUUCUGUGGAUUUUCUACAUGACAAAUGUAACUUGUGGCCGGUGGCGUGGAACCAAAGCAAGCCAGGAGAGGCAGGGGAUGUGUCUCUGCUUAGAGGUUCUAACCCAGGAGUGCUUAGAGCCGCUGUUGGGGGCGGGGAGGAGGUGGGCUCGGGGCUUUGUAAGCAGCCUUUUUAGGUAGGGUGGUUUUCAACCGCGUUCAGUUGGUGUUUUGGCUGUUGGAACAGAGCCAGGGACCCUAGCAGCAUGUGAAGAGUGGUUCUGGGAGAAUUCCUCCUCUUCGUGCUUUGGAAAACGUCACUGGAGCGGUUUGCUGACUUCUCGUUUAAGGCCAGGGUCUGUAAGCUACACCUCCCGUGCAGGGAGCCUCCAGCCCUACACCCGACCCCACUGCCUGCAGAGGGAGCCAAGUCCUUUAGUCAGCAUCUUACCAGGGAAAGGAAAAAAAACGGAGGCAUGCUCAGGUGUCCUGGAAGAGAUGGCUUUAGGGUGAGAGAUCCUGGGCAGGGCUUUGCUGGACGAGCCAGAGUGCAGGUGACAGGCAGCGUGUGGUUAUGUUGUGGUUGGAGAAGCCGGGACUUAGCUCUGUUUUGUUCCACCUUGACAAGUGACAGCU